AUGGAAUUAGAAUUACUCCAAAAUUCACAGACAAAACAAUCGAAAAAGCUUUCUUCUACAGGAAAAAUAUUAAUUUAUGUUACGGGUGGUCUAGCGGUCGGAGUGAGUGUUAUUUGUGUACCGUUUGUAGUACCAGCACUGAGAAAAAUAUGUUUACCAUACGUCCCUGCAACUACUGAACAACUUGUUGGAGUUAGCAAAGCAUUAGCUGGUCGUACUGGAAGACUACUGGACGUUGGAUCUGGAGAUGGAAGGAUCGUGUUUACCGCCGCCAAGCUAGGCUUUCAAGCCGAUGGAGUAGAAUUAAAUCCAUGGUUGGUGUACUACUCACGGGUCGUAGCUGUACUAAACCCUAUGUACAGAGGCAGCAAGUUUUACAGGCGUGAUCUGUGGAAGUUUGACCUGAAGCCUUACAAUAACAUAGUGAUAUUUGGUGUGGAACAAAUGAUGAAUGACUUUGAAAAGAAAUUGAUAAAGGAGACAGAUAAGGAUACUGUUAUAGUAGCUUGUAGGUUCCCUUUGCCAAAUAUGAUACCAGUAGAAACAAUAGGUAGUGGUGUGGACACUGUCUGGAAAUAUGUUGUUAAAAGAUAA